CGGCUCUCGGGCUUUGUUUUGUGGAUGUGAAUGAGCUCCGUCACCUCCUCGUUCAGAGAUGUGGACGGAUAUAAGGACCUUGAUACUUUUACAAGCGCUGCUCCUGACGCUUCAUUUCUGUGAAGCCACGGAUGAGUGUGAGGAUGGACAGUUUCAGUGCAACAACAAAAGGUGUAUACCCACAAUCUGGAGGUGUGACGACGAUGACGACUGCUCGGAUAACAGUGAUGAAGAAAACUGUCCCAGGAAGACGUGCGCCCCUGCAGAGUUCGCCUGCUUAAAUGGCCAGUGUGUCCCAGGACGAUGGCGAUGUGACGGGGAACCAGAGUGCCCUGAUGGCUCUGAUGAGGCCGAGGAGACCUGCAGCAGACAGACGUGCCCCCCGGAGAAAUUUGACUGCGGGGGAGCCACCAACAAGUGCGUGUCGCUGUCAUGGAGAUGUGACGGGGAGAAGGACUGUGAGAACGGGGCGGAUGAGGAGGACUGUGCAUCUGAUGCCAAAGCCUGCCCCACUGGUGAGUUCAUGUGUGGCAACCGCAAGUGUUUGGCCCAAGUCUACGUGUGCGACGGAGACGACGACUGCGGAGACGGCAGCGACGAGCUCAAAUGUACCUCCCCUCUUACCUGUGGGCCCAACCAGCUCCGCUGUAACACCUCCGAGUGCGUGCCGCUCAUGUGGAGCUGCGAUGGAGACCCUGACUGCUCCGACAGCUCAGACGAGGGUCCAGAACGCUGCGGAGGAGACGGAGUCCCGUACCGUAGGGCAAACUGCACCGACACGGAGUUCCGAUGUGCAAACGGGGAGUGUGUGCGGCUGACUUGGAAGUGUGACGGAGAUCCGGACUGCAAGGACAAAUCUGACGAGUUUGAUUGCCCGCUGCUGACAUGUCGUCCGGAUGAGUUCCAGUGUGGAGAUGGUUCCUGCAUCCACGGCACCAAACAGUGUAACAAGGUCCACGACUGUCCUGACCACAGUGAUGAGUCCGGCUGUGUGAACGCUACCAAAUGUGAGGGACCGCUGAAGUUUCUGUGUAAGAAUGGCGAGUGUAUCGACAGUUCCAAAGUGUGCGACUCUAUGAAGGACUGUAAGGACCGCUCUGAUGAGCCCAGGAAAGAGUGUGGCGUGAAUGAAUGCAUGAUCAACAACGGCGGCUGCUCACAUGUCUGCAUGGAUCGACCAAUCGGCUUCGAGUGCCAGUGCCCUGCCGGGUACCAGCUCCUGGACAAAAAGACUUGUGGCGACAUCAAUGAGUGUGAGAACCCAGAUGCCUGCAGCCAGAUCUGCAUCAACUAUAAGGGGGAUUUUAAAUGUGAAUGCUAUGAAGGUUAUGAGAUGGAUCCGGUGACUAAAACCUGCAAGGCAGAAGGGAAGAGCCCAUACUUGCUGUUCACAAACCGGCAUGAGAUCCGACGAAUCGACCUGGUGAAGAGGGACUACAGCCAGGUGGUGUCCACUCAAAAGAACGCCGUGGCUCUCGACCUGGACGUUGCCAACAACCGGGUCUUCUGGUGUGAUCGCUUUCACAGGAAAAUCUACAGCGCCUUCAUCCAUGAGGCCAGUGACCCCUCCCAGCAGGUGCCAUUGGUAGAUUCCCAGCUGCAGACCCCGGUGGGUUUGGCUCUAGAUUGGCUCCAACACAACCUGUACUGGACUGACUCCGGGGACAAAUCCAUCUCUGUGGCCUCGGUGGAUGCCACCAAGAGACGAGUCCUCAUAAACACGGACCUGAGUGAGCCACGAGCCAUUGCACUGGACCCCCACCAUGGCUUCAUGUACUGGUCUGACUGGGGCACGCAAGCAAAGAUAGAGAAAGCAGGAAUGAAUGGAGUGGACCGACAGGUGCUGGUGGCUGAUAACAUUGAAUGGCCAAAUGGAAUCACUCUAGAUGUAGCCAACAGGCGCCUGUACUGGGUGGAUUCAAAGCUGCACCUGAUCGCCAGCGUGGACCUGAACGGAGCUCACCGCAGGACACACAUGUCGUCUUCAGAGAGGCUGGGACACCCGUACGCUCUGGCUGUGUUUGAGGAUCGGAUCUACUGGACUGACAGAGACAAAGCAGCGGUCUUCAUGGCCAACAGGCUGACGGGUCAGGACAUCCAGAAGCUGGCUGAAAACCUCAACGACCCCCAUGAUAUUGUGGUCUUCCACCAACUCCGACAGCCACAAGGCCCUGACAGCUGUAAUCUGGGCAGUGUGGCCAAUGGAGGAUGUGAGUACUUGUGUCUGAAAGCUCCACAGAUUACAGAGCACUCCCCCAAAUACACCUGCGCCUGUCCUGACGGACAAGACCUGGGCCCUGAUAUGAGAGGCUGUGUGCCAGGAGCACCCAGAAACGACACCACACCGACAUCCUCACCUCCAUCUGACACCAGCUUGCCAGUUACUGAAGAUGUCCCACCUCCCUCUGGGGGGGUAUCACAGGCAGACGCCACUGCCUACCUGACCACAGCUCCAUCUGGGACCCCUGACCCUGUCACACCUCUCUCCACCCUGAAGCCUCUGUCAUCACAGGCCUCAAAGGCCCUGGGCUCACACUCCACGGCCACGGCUAUGGUGGUGUCCACCACACCCGCAGGGGACAGCAGCGUGUCACAACACUCUGGAAGCGAGCAUUUCCUCCUGGGCGAGAAUCUGACAGUGGCUGUUUUGGGGGUGGUCAUCCCCAUCGUUCCUAUCGUUGCCACAGUGGUGUUCGGCCUGGUGUGCGCCGGAGUCUACCUGGUGUGGCGGAACUGGCGGCGCAACUCCACCAAGAGCAUGAACUUCGACAACCCCGUCUACCGCAAGACCACCGGCGAGGGCGAGGAGGACGAGAUCCACAUUGGACGGACUGACGCCAUGGGGCACCACGCGCACCACCACCCGUACCCACAGGGUGUCAAUAUGGGAGUCGUAGGAGCGGGAGGUGGCACCUGCCCGCAGUUUAUCGCCCUCCCUUUAGGGGGAAGCAUGCCCGAUCCUGGGACUCACUGGUACACGGAGCAGCCAAUGCUCUCCACAGCAAAGUGACCACUAGGAGCGGACUCCAGGUGAAAACGGCCGCUCAGGCACACGCACACACAGAGAGGUCAGCGAUCACUUGGACUGAGUUUGUUUGAAGGGACGGAGAACAUAUCAUCGAGUUUUACAUGCAGCCAUUCACAGCCAACGUCCUAUGCCAAACUUCAUAUAAAUACAAGAAAAUGGUUUCCUUAUCAAUAUUUUCAUACAUUUUUCUGUGCUGCAGCUGGAUUUUUCUUGGUAAAUGUUAAGUUUCUGACUUCCUUGUGAGAUAUAAUAUGUUCCAAGCAUUGAACUGAACAGGAAAAUGGAGAAUCUUUAGCAUUGACCACUGGAUGAGGUGUGAGCUGUCUUAUAUUUCAUGACGGGGCUAGUGUGAGCUUCUGUUUCAUCCUCAGUGUUUUAAUUUGUUCUAUCCCUGGUGGGCCAUGGUGGAGCUCUGAGGGGACAGUUUGGGAGGGAGGAGCUCUAAAACUGGGACAGCACCUGCGUUGAAGGGACAAUCUGUACAGAUUCAUAUUAGAACAAGUGUCAUAGAUGUCAUUACUGGAGCUGUUUUCUUGUGGUUAGCACUUUUCUUGUAGGUUUUUUUUUAUUAUUUUCAGUUUUAAACUUCUACAUUACGUGCUCUUUCUCUGGUUCAGGAAGAAGCCUUUAAGGAUGAGUUCUCUGAGUGCAGCUUUAACGCAGCUGAAAUGAAAGGUUGUGUUUUCAUUUGACCUCCAAACCUCUGGAGAUUUAGGAGAGUGCAUCAGGUUUGUGCAGCAGAAAGAAGUAAAUGGAGGUGACCAGAAGGUUUUAGACCUUUGUUGAGUAAGAGCGGAGAGGAUCAGGAGUUGUGUUGUCUUUACUGUGACUUGUUUAGGUGUUAAAUGGUUUGAGAAAAGCAAUAGGCUGCAGCUUUUAGUCGGGCUGCGUUGGUCGAAGAGAAUUUUAUUUGAUCACCUACUUUUGACUGUGAGAAAUGUGCACAUAAAUACACACAGGGGUGCAGUGAUAGCAAAGUCCCGCUGUUUUCCAGAGGACAGAAACAAUGUGCAUUUGUCCUCCGAAAAAAAAACACAAACAGCAUGCAUAAUUGCCCACCAGCUGACAAUGCCGCCAUUCAUUGUUUCAGGCAAGACAUGUACAUGAACGCACACAUGCUUACAAAAGCUAGCUGGAUGCCGCCGCCUGUCUCGUCCUCUGAGAAGGCGGAUAUCUGAGCAGACAGUUUAGAGGGCUCCGUGUGGGAGGUCCCAGCUGGUGAAAAAGACCCGCCGCAUGAUGUAACCACCAAAAAUCUGACUGUGAUGUUAUGAGACCAAAUUGCCCAAUCAGUGGCCAUGUUUCAAGCCCCGUCAUUAACACCACUACUCCGUUUAUAGACCUUAAAAGUCAGUCUGUGUGCGUGCUAGUGUGUUCAUUAUUAUGCAUGUGAGUGCUACUGUUCAUCCCACAGCCAUAUCUGAACUGUUUUGUAUGCUCUCUGUUGCACAGCCCUCUUUGAAUGCCUUCUGUAUUGUGAACUGCAUGGAAGAAAAACAGGUGUAUGGACACACAGGUGUGUAUGAGCGUGUGUUUGUUGUAUGUAUGUGUGUGACACUGGAGAAGCUUUGAGGGUGCUUUUUGAUUCAUUGAUUUGUAAAUAUGUUUUCAUAAGGUUUUUGAUAAUGUAUUAUACAAUAAUGUAAAAGAGAAGCUGUACAUAAGAUUUUAGAUAAAGUGUCGACAGGUAUAUUAAUUUAUUUGUAUAAAAGGAGAGCACUGCGUUCCCUGAUUGUAAGAAGAAUCCGAUUUUUCCACCAAAGUGGUUUGUGUUGUUUCUUGCUGUGCAUCAUUUUUCACGUGCAAACCUUUUUUUUCUUUGUAGCCCAUGUAAACACAGUGCCCCCCUCCUGAAAUCAAUCACUUUUUUGCAAAAAAUCCCAACCUUCGUGUUAGUGAGACGAUUGAUUUUUGUUUAUUUGUGCCUUUUUAGUUAACUUUUUUCAUUUUCCUGAAAUGUUUUUCAUGAAAAAGACAGGGAUCAGUCAACCACUGUACAUGCAAAGAUGAACUGUAUGAAGACCAAACUGGUUCCACUUUUUGAUUUUCUGUAAUGGAUUACUUUUGAAUAUCUCUAUAUAUUGAUAUAUAAAAUCUGAAUGAAAAUUU